AUGCCCCGCAGAGAUUUCCAGAGAGAUCUUGCCAGGGCCUCGGUGCCAUGUCUAUUUGCACAUCUACAUGACGUGCGAUCUGGCGACGAGGACGGAUCGAUUUUCUUCACCUAUACGGCGCCGUUCGACACCCAAACAAUUGACUUUCAAGUCUCCGUUCCAGAUACUUCACAGUACCCCAAAUAUCACACCUAUUUUGCUUUUGCAGCGUCAGAUACCAUCCCAGAGGCAGUCUCGUCCGCUCUAGAACAGUUUCAACCGGCAGAUUGCGCUUUGACCGUGUUAGAGUUUCUUGAAUAUUUCAGCAAGUGCCUUGAUACCGCAAUUCUGGACCUUGCUUCGACCACCGGCUCCAUCGAUGAGAUUGACGUGGAGGAUGACGUUGACAGCGAGAUAGGGGGCCUGUCUGAGAACGAAGACGAAGCCGACUGGGAAUACGACGAGACUGUCUUUAUAGGUGUUCGACGAGAUGCUCGGACGGUCGUAUCGGAGAUUCGAGAGGACUUGCGCAUCGCCAAGGAGGCAGGAUACAGGGUUGGCUAUCUGGGCCAUGUAACUGGCUCCGUGAUAAUAUCGAUCUCCUGCCGCAUCGCCAAGCUUGGCAUCUCCGUCGAGGCCAUGAAGGCCUGGAAUGUUUCCCCCUCUGACCACCUCGUGCUCCUCCUUCGAUAUCCGCAAGGGUACAUUCAGUUGAAGGAAAUCAUCGUCAGAUCCUGCUCAGGGAAUCCUUCCGUCGUGGAGAUGCAGGUUGGUGCGUGUGAGAGGUACAAACCCAGCUUGGAUGAAGCCCGGAAGCUUUUCAACGCCUCGAGCAAACCGUCCUCCGAUAACAAUGGGAAAAUUCAGCACCCAGGAGCAUCUUUGAAGCCUAUCUUUAUUGGCCACUCACUCCAAUCUCUGCUCAAUAAUCACUUCGUCAACUUGCUCGCCUACCGGCUUGACCAUGGCUUCACGUGGACAGGCGCAGAGCUCUUUCUCAACAAUAAUCAAGGCCGUAUCCAAGACAAAGAGGCACAAGAUUUUGUGCGACCGGAGUAUCAUGUCCCUGAGCAGUGGGACGAGUCGACACCUGAUUUUCUGAAAGCCGACCAUGUCUACGAUUUUAACUGGAACACACUUUCGCUGUCGUUCCCUUUACUGGCAAUGCAAUUCACCUUGCGCCGGUUUGUGAAGUGCGUAGGCUUCUGCCUCAACUGUUACUGCAAGAUCGAAAGUGGAUUCGAAGCGCUGAAGCCCUAUGUUUGCUCCAAAGGCUUAUGCCUCUAUCAAUACAUGAAGCUCGGCAUGGGCCCAAAUCUCGAGUGGGAGAUAUUGUCGCAGCCCUAUGUUGUUGACAUUCUGGUUAGCUUCGCGUACGCAAGAGCCUCGGUGGGCCAUCUCGCCGACUUCCCUACUGGCCUUGGCCUCAAAAUUCCCUGCACAAUUGAAGCUUCCCAUGAGUCGGUGCAUUCAGGAAAAUUGGAUCUCGUGAACAUGCGGCUCCAAGUGUACGACUCAGUCGCCCUCAAAGCCGGCGAUUGGAUCGUCCUGGCGAAGGAUACUGAGAACCCAAAUCAACUAGAUACUAAAUCCCAGUGGCACUGCCGAGUGAUGAGCAGUGUUUACGCGCCUACUUACGAGCUCGCUUCUCCCAUCCGUCCGUCUAACUCGACCACGCUGGAUAUGACACCCGAUGUUCGCUUCAUCGUGUACGACAAAGACUUCGACACACUGGAAGACAAAAAUAAACGGGAAUCCAUUUGCAUGCUUCUCGACACUCUGCCCGACGUCGAUUUGAUGCGAUCGUUUUUGACUGGUGAACGAGUCUCCGAACGAUCCCUAGCAACGUGGACUGAGCGGAUAUCCCCGGCCGCCUUAUAUGUGCUCCGAUGGAUUGUUGCGUCCAAUAGGUCUUGUAUUAUGUACGAGGAGAAUCCCGAGGACCGUGUCUCCGGUAUCCCUGGGUGGAUGCAGUUUCGAUUGGCUCAAGGAGCCCCGGACAAGGAGCAUCGAUUCGUGCACGCUGUGGGCUCUACAACGGAACGUCUCAAGCUCAAGCAUUCCACCCUUUUCGCCUGGCAUGGUAGCGCGCUGCAUAACUGGCACAGCAUCCUGCGAGAAGGGCUACAUUUCAAGUAUACGGCACACGGCCGCGCUUAUGGAGAUGGCGUAUACAUGUCAAAUCGGUUUGACUACUCACUUUCCUACACGGACGCCUACAGGAGCGGUAGUGGCACCUGGCCCAAUAGCCUGCUAAAGGUUUCAAAGGCCAUAGCAUUGAACGAGGUGGUGAAUGCUCCCGCGGAGUUUGUCCAAUCCAGCGCCUGCUAUGUUGUUCGUCAGCUAGACUGGAUUCAGCCGCGAUAUCUGUUUGUUCAGUCAAUGGACUCCGGUAAAACCUCCGACGCUACCACCGCCAAGCCUGAGUAUGUUCAAGACCCCAAUUAUCCAGCAUUGGGGUGUCAGGGGAAAGCUGUUGCCGUUCCUCUCUCUGCACUGAGCAGUCGCCGGAUGGCUGCGGCUAACGGUCUGCCCAAGGUGGGUGGCCGUGCUAAGCAGGUGAAAUCGUUAGCCAAGGACAGUAAGGACAAUGACGAUGAUACCAGUAGUGUUAUUACACUGCUAGAAGAUCGCAUGUUAUUGGACUGGGGCACCGAAGAAGACCUCCAGAAACAAUACGGGGAAGGCGAUUUCUACAAUCGUCAACGGCAAGAGUCCUCAUUGCUAACAGACUUCCGUCCGGGAACUCUGCGGGAAGAAUCGGUCAAGCUACUAGGACCACCUCAGUAUGCAACCACUCAAGCCACGAAGGCCCUGCAACAGCGCUUACAGGAGACACUGAAGGUGCAGGAGAGGGAACCAUUACAUGAACUGGGAUGGUACAUGAAUCACCACCUGAUCGAAAAUGUCUAUCAAUGGAUUGUAGAGCUACACAGCUUUCCACCUGGUUUGCCAUUGGCCCAAGACCUGAAGAAGCUGGGCCUCACGAGCGUCGUGCUGGAGCUCCGCUUCCCUCCGCAGUUCCCCAUGUCCCCACCGUUCGUGCGAGUUAUCCGCCCGCGAUUUGUCAUGUUCAGCCAAGGAGGUGGCGGGCAUAUCACAGCGGGGGGAGCGCUUUGCAUGGAACUCCUCACUUCGUCGGGGUGGUCCCCGGUCUCCAGUAUUGAGGGAGUCUUGUUACAGGUUCGCAUGGCCAUCACCAGCACGGACCCUCGGCCUGCACGGCUUGAAAUGGGGAACACGGUGGAUUAUUCCGUGUGUGAGGCCAUAGAUGCAUACAUGCGAGUUUGUCAGGCGCACAAUUGGCAGGUUCCUGCCGAUAUCCAGCGUGUUUCAUGGACUUAG